UCUGUGUUUCCAUGAACGCAUCAUCAGCGGAGGAGGUUGGACCCUGCAGCUGCUGUUCUCAGGCAGAAACCCCGUAGUGCCGCAUAGCAGCGCCAUUCGGUAACUGCAACAGUAUCCAAAAUGGCAGGAGCUGAUGGAGACGACUCUCUUUAUCCUAUCGCCGUUCUCAUUGAUGAACUGCGAAAUGAAGACGUUCAGUUACGUCUAAACAGCAUCAAGAAGCUGUCCACAAUUGCUUUAGCUCUGGGCGUAGAGAGGACUCGUACAGAACUUCUACCUUUCCUCACAGACACCAUCUACGAUGAAGAUGAGGUGCUUUUGGCACUGGCUGAGCAGCUCGGCAAUUUCACUAUGUUGGUGGGAGGGCCGGAGUAUGUCCACUGUCUCUUGCCCCCUUUGGAGAGUCUUGCCACGGUGGAAGAGACGGUAGUUCGAGACAAAGCCGUGGAAUCCCUGCGGAAGAUCUCUCAGGAGCACUCUCCAGUUGACCUGGAGGUUCAUUUUGAGCCACUGGUGAAGCGGCUGGCCAGUGGUGACUGGUUCACCUCUCGCACCUCCGCCUGUGGCUUGUUUAGUGUGUGUUAUCCUCGCGUGUCCAGCACGGUCAAGGCUGAAAUUCGCCAGCAUUUUCGCACCUUGUGCUCCGAUGACACUCCUAUGGUGCGUCGUGCUGCAGCAUCCAAACUGGGAGAGUUUGCUAAAGUCUUGGAGCUGGAUUAUGUAAAAACUGACAUUAUUCCUCUCUUCACUUCUCUGGCUUCAGAUGAGCAGGACUCAGUGCGGCUGCUUGCAGUGGAGGCUUGUGUCAGCAUUGCCACUCUCCUGCCACAGGAAGACCUGGAGACACUGGUGAUGCCAACUCUGCGCCAGGCUGCAGAAGAUAAGUCGUGGAGGGUUCGUUAUAUGGUGGCUGACAAGUUUUCUGAGCUCCAGAAAGCAGUCGGUCCAGAGAUCACUAAAAAUGACUUGGUCCCAGCUUUUCAAAAUCUUCUGAAAGAUUGUGAAGCCGAGGUUCGUGCUGCAGCUGCUAACAAGGUCAAAGAAUUCUGUGAGAACCUCCCCGAGGACAAUCGCGAGCAAAUCAUCAUGACUCACAUUCUGCCCUGUGUCAAGGAACUGGUUUCAGACACCAACCAGCAUGUGAAGUCAGCCCUGGCUUCAGUCAUUAUGGGCCUUUCCACCAUCCUGGGCAAGGACAACACAAUAGAGCACUUACUGCCUCUCUUCCUGACUCAGCUCAAAGACGAGUGUCCCGAGGUGCGUCUCAACAUCAUCUCCAACCUGGACUGUGUGAACGAGGUGAUCGGCAUCCGCCAGCUCUCCCAGUCGCUGCUGCCCGCCAUCGUUGAGCUGGCUGAGGACGCAAAGUGGCGGGUUCGCCUAGCUAUCAUAGAAUACAUGCCUUUGUUGGCAGGACAGCUGGGAGUGGAGUUCUUUGACGAGAAGCUGAACACCCUCUGUAUGGCCUGGCUCAUCGAUCACGUGUAUGCCAUCCGUGAGGCUGCCACGUCUAACCUAACGAAGCUGGUGGAGAAGUUUGGAGCUGAGUGGGCUCAGAACACCAUUGUACCCAAAGUGCUGGGAAUGGCCAACGACCCCAAUUACCUCCACAGGAUGACCACUCUGUUCUGCAUCAACGCUUUGUCAGAGGCCUGCGGCCAGGACAUCACCACUAAACAGAUGCUGCCAGUGGUCCUGAAGAUGUCCAACGACCAGGUGGCCAACGUACGCUUCAAUGUGGCCAAGUCACUUCAGAAGAUCGGACCGGUCCUGGACAGCAAUGCCCUGCAAACAGAAGUGAAGCCCGUGCUGGAGAAGCUCGCCUCCGACACGGACAUGGAUGUCAAGUACUUUGCUCAGGAGGCGAUUAGUGUUCUGGCCCUAGCAUAACCGACUCAUCAUCCCUGAACCAGAGACCCUCCCUCACACACACACACACACACACACACACACACACACACACACACACACACACACACUUUUACAAGAUAUUUAUUGGUGUUCAGUAAUAACUGGUUAUUGUAUAGAGAAUAGCUUUUGGGAGCUAAUGGGCUUGUCUUAAUAAAUGAAUACAUAAAAAAACACACAAUGGUUCUACCAUCAACGUUUUUUCUGUCCAGGCGUAGCACAGCUUCUAACUGUCCUCUUGCUGUAAAUGGGUGCUUUUCUACAAGCAAACCGAAAGACGGGGUGCAUGCAGACUAAUGUGCUACUCUACUUGCUAGGCGUUGCCGACCCAAGCCCCUCACAUUCCUCCCUCUCCCUGUAAGGAACUGUUUUGUACUUGAGCUUUGCUGUGUGCUGCCCCGGGCCGCUCUGCUGGAUGGAAACUUGCAGCAGCAAAUGAUGCAACAAGCUGAUUAUUUAGCUAAGCUUCCUCCUGAAUCAACUCUUGACAGUGUUGUUACUCCUCUGAAAAGCGAUUAAGACCCGGCGUCUCCUGAACGCUUCACAGCACUGUGAUGUACGAAGCCCUAACAAAGAAACAACAGGGCGCCGCGUCCAUGGCUGCACGUAAUCUGAUGAACCUUUGCGAUGAUCGCAUGUACUUGUUAGUCUCGCUGUGUACUUUCCCAACUCUGUCCAGCAGACCACCAUGUCCUCCUGCACUGUUUGUUCUCUGCAGUAACAAUGAAUUGGUCGGACAAAUAAAUCCUUGGCCCAGUGUGUAAUGGGGACCAACCCAGUUUUAGCAAAUUGCUGGUAAUUAUCCUCCUCUACGUCCUGAUGGUUCUGUUGAUGAGCAGCGGUGGGAAGUACGGUUCUAGUCCGCGGGCAUUCUUGGCUUUACUCCAGUGCUUCUGAGCUGCAGGGUUUCUUUGCUCCACCCUGUUGGGUAAAGAGGAAGCAUUCAUUCUUUUCAGGAUGGGACACUUUAUUUUUGAUUUUUUUUUAUUAUUAAAUUCCGGCUCGCCCGCUGAUGAGCGGCGAGCCGAUGCCUGCUUUAAAGGGAGCGGGUCGGGGCAGCAGCUGAGCUUGUUAUAGGGUGUCUGUUAAUAAUAGAAACCUGUCUUUAUGUUCCACUUUCCCUUCCCUCUCAUUCUGUCUCUGUUGAAUAAACCUCGACUGUCGAUUGUCCUGUAAACACAAACGCCUUGCUUUAGAUUUUUGUUUUGGGUUCUGUUAACAGUCAGGAUGCUGUUCUACUGUAACGAUCUGAAUAAAGACACAAAACAAAA